AUAACUGUUUUCGCCUGAGGAUGAACGUAUGUGUAAACUUCUUUGCCAGCAGGCGCGUUGGCUUAUUUAUAUGAUGUUAGCUUGUUAUUUUAUCGCAUCAUCGCGUUUAUUGCGGUCUGUGAGCGCUUUACGACGAUACCAUGGCUUUAUAACAUCACGUAAUGCAGUUAGUUGCCAUUUGGAGUCUAUAAUGGCUGGUAAACGUGCCGCCGUUAAACGCGGUGGAAUCCUUCCGCAGAGGAAGCGUCUGUCUACUGGCAUUGACAGUGAGCAAUCUGCCAUUGAUGAUAAGGAAUCCAAUGAGCGCCUGUUAGAGCUAUCGAAGCAAUUUGGUGCUAAACCGGAAUUCAAUCGCCAUAUUUAUGAUGACGACCACGUCAUGAUGACCUAUAGAGUUCUCCUUCGUGACUCUAGGUACAAGGUAGACUUAGACGUUGACAUGGAGGGUACUCAUGCCGUCGGUAGAUAUACAUUUUCUAAGGACGGUAGUGAGGUUACCAGUGGUGUCGUGGUAUCGACCAAUAAGAAGAGCGCACAGAGAAGUGCCGCUCGUCGUAUAUUAGCACACGUGGAUGCCCCUAAUACAGAUCAGUUAAUGGAGAUAACGAAAUGGAUAGUAUCUAGCCACAAGAGGAUCACUGGCGUCAAGGAAUCUGUGUUAUCCGACGAGUUUGGUCCAUCAGGUCACGUCGUCACUAUGAAGUGGACUAUUGCCGAUAAGGAAUUCGUUGGUCAGGGUACAUCUAAUUCUUUAACGCUUGCGGGUAUGUAUGCCUCUCAGGAACUAUAUUGCCUUACUCUACACCUUGCUACUACAUCCGCUGUAGCUGCUCUUUCAUCCAUGAAGAAACCAAUGUCAGGUGAUCUGAAAGCUAUAACUGAACCCAACGCCACGAAUAACCAUGAAACGGUACCUAAGGCACCCAGUGCUCUCAUGAAAUCUUCUGAGUUAUCCAAGGAGGAUGCUGCUCAGAUGAUCACCAUUAGAUCUAGUAUAGCAAACAGGAUGAAAAUCACCCAGGAAGAAUCUGGUAAGGCCGUUCCAGGUGGAUUUGAAUGGACACUACUCUGGCAAUGGGAAGGUACUGACAAAACAGUGGAGAAAAAGGUAACUAAGGGUUACGGCCUUAGUAAAACUGCUGCAAAGGCUGCUGCCAGCAAGGCUAUGCUUGUUGAUAUAGGGUUUAUAGAUGAAAUCACUGCUGAGGAGAGUGCUGAAGCCAGCUCUAUUCGUAAUGUCAUACCCAAGAACCUUGGUGAGGCCGUUAAAAAAGCAGUUCCCUUCAUUGCCCGGACCAACUGCAGUGUUUGGCGUUUAUUCCUUCCCCAAUUAAUGGACGCCAUAGUCUAUCAAUGUGACAAUUCCUUGAUGAAGCCAAUAUUAGAUGUCAUAGUGAAGGCUGACCUCGAAUUACCUUCUGACAUAUGGGACUCCUUACUAUACAGUGCCUAUUCCGCUAUUGACGAAACUUUUUGUCGGACUAUACUCCAUGGAAUAAAAAAUCUCAAGCUUGAUCCCAAUUACUUUUUAUCUCCCAAGGCACAGGCGUACUACCAAAAGCAGAGCUGGCUCCUGGCAUUGGAAUUCAAUGCAGAGAACUGUGCCAAUAUUACAUCGCUAGAGAGUAGAUCAGGGAAGGACGUGGUAUCCAUUGUCGGUAACCUGGUUCGUACUCAGUUACCCCUGCUGUUCCUCCAGGGUGAAUCUACUGCGGAAUACUUGAAAAAUUCACUAAAAGAGGACGAUUUGGUAUUACUCGUACCUAGGGACACCACAUAUCAAUGGGGUCGCGGCAUACUGUGUAUCCUUACGAAGCACAAGAACGAGAACCAAUCUAUCAACAUAACUUGUAAGGUCAUUCGCAAUUUAAAUCCGGAGACUAGUGAUAGUAUAUAUUCAGAAGCAACUUUUGGCGUAUUCCAUGUGAACAGCUCCAUCACCAACAAGCGCAUGAUGCAGGCUCUGAUGUCAAUAACCCACCGAAUGAUGCCUUUAAAUUCUUCCAACACCCCGUAUUACUACGACAAGGAACUAUUGAAACUAAUAGUGGAGCGUGAGCCUCAGAGUGUCAAGGAGGUUGAUUGCAGCAAUCUACCGCUCAGCACUCGCAUCCCAUUAACCGAUACCCAGGCUGCUGCAUGUCGAUAUGCACUAUCCCAUCCACUUACCUUAAUUCAGGGUCCCCCUGGUACCGGUAAAACACAGGUUGCUUGUGCUAUCAUCGACUGUUUGAUUCGGAAGACUAGUGAGAAGAUUCUUGCCGUUGCAGACUCCAAUGUCGCCGCUGACAACUUGAUAGAGGGCUUAGAUCGUCGUGGCAUCCAGGCACUGAGGGUUGGCUUUGGUUCAGAAUCGCUACUGCAAGAGGAAUCGCUGAAACGAUGCACUCGGUACGGCAGGUACCGGUACCUAAGGGAAUCUGGUAUGCACAAGGAGGCCAACUCCAUGCGCGUAUUGAUGAUACUAGACGCCAUAAAGACGCAUCAGGUGAUCAUUGCUACUUGUGUAGGUAGUGGUAACGACGUACUUGCUGGUUAUUCAUUUCCCUACGUCAUUAUAGAUGAAUGUGCCCAAUCCAUUGAGCCUAGUAAUCUGAUACCCAUUGGCAAAGGGUGUCGUCAGCUAGUUCUUAUCGGUGACCAUAUGCAACUUCGACCUACUAUAAUCUCAACCGAGGCUGCUAGUGAGGGUUUGUCGUCAUCAUUACUAGAGAAUCUAGUUAACGCCAACGUGGGUAAAGUACACCUACUGGAUGUCCAGCGCAGGAUGCAUCCCUCUAUAUCAGAGUUUCCCAAUAAUCAAUUUUACAAGGGCCUGAUUACUGACGCUAUAGAAGAGAACAGUCGGAACCCUAUAAAGGGUUUCGAAUGGCCCAGUCCUGCGUACAACAUCGCUUUUAUAGACGCCAGUUCAGGUGGCCCUAACGGUCAAUUUGAAUCAGUGGUUGGUACAUCGCGGUCAAAUGCACUGGAAGUGGAGAUAAUCCUAAUGCUACUAAAGUCGUUCCUUGACGCCGGGGAUGUACGCGAGUCUGAUAUUGGCAUUUUAACUGCGUACGACGCCCAAAAGUGGCAACUCAGGCGCAAGGUGAAUCAGAUGUUCGGCAUUAACGCCCAGGCUAUUGAGAUAGACUCUGUUGACGGUUUCCAGGGUAAGGAGAAGGAACUCAUUCUAUUCUCUGGUGUGCGGUCAAACAACCAUAAGGAUAUUGGUUUUUUGAAAGAUCCCAGGCGUAUGAAUGUUAUGUUAACUCGUGCUCGCAGGGGACUGAUUGUUGUGGCGGACAAAUUCACUAUUAUGAACGAUAUAUCUAACUGGCGUCGUUAUAUGGACUAUAUAACGGACCGCGUCUUGGAUAUUCAUAUUUCUCAGCUUAACAAACACCUCCAUACGCCAUCACCUCAGCUAGAGUCCAUUGUGAGUCGGGCUAAAACUGGUAAAUACCCUUGAUUUAGCUAUGUGAACAUAUAUUCAUAAUGCAAUAG